CCCGGCCGGCGGAGGCGGCUGGUGCCGCCACUGCCACACGAAGCUCGUGGAGCUCAAGCGACAGGCAUGGAAGCUGGUCAGCGGGCCCGGGACGCCUCUCCGGGAUCCCUGCCUCUCAGCCCUGCUCCUCGACAAGCUCCCAGCACCCGGGGCCCUGCCUGCCUGCCGCCCGGAAGCCGAGCGCCACUGUGACGUCUGUGCCACACACCUGCAGCAGCUCACGCGGGAGGCCUGGCACCUGCUGCAGGGCCCUGCCAGCCAUGAGGACCCGGACACCCCGCACGGAGGCCCCACCGCCCCCGGUGCUGGUGCCGUGACGAGCCUGAAGGACACUCCAGGCCCAGUGGGCCCAGCGGGGAGGCAGCCGGGCAGGGCGGUCCCUGACAGGAUGAAGGGGCUGGCCUGGCCUCCUGGGCCCAGCGUCCAGGUGUCGGUGGCACCAGCGGGCCUGGGAGGGGCACUGAGCACCGUCACCAUCCAGGCCCAGCAGUGCCUGGAGGGCAUGUGGAGUGUCUCUCGGGUCAACAGUUUCCUCCCGCCCUCAUGCCUGGCAGAGGCGGCGGUGGCUGCGGUGGCAGUAGCAGACACAGUCCGAGACGGGUCCCCUAUGGCGGGCCCUGAUGGCUUGUCGAAGGCCUGGGGCCGCGCUGGGGCCUGCACGUCAGCCCUGAUCACCCCAGCCCCGGGCUCCUCGGCUGGGGGCUCCACAGGCCCUUCGGCCGCAGCCUCCUUCUUUAUAAGGGCCGCACAGAAGCUCAGCCUGGCCUCCAAGCGCAAGAAGCCACACCCGCCACCGCCUCCAGCCACCCGUGGCACCUCUACCUACCCCACUGACUUCAGCGGGGUCCUGCAGCUGUGCCCGCCCCCGGCGCCCCCCUGCCUGCUCAGGGCCGCCUCCAAGUCCAAGGACAACCCCAGCAGCAUCGGAAAGGUGAAGGUCAUGCUACGGAUCUGGCCUGCACAGGGAGUCCAGCGCUCGGCCGAGGCCAUGUCCUUCCUGAAGGUGGAUCCUCGGAAGAAGCAGGUGACCCUCUACGACCCGGCUGCCGGUCCACCGGGCAGCACAGGCCCCCGGCGUGCUGCCACCAUGUCGGUCCCCAAGAUGUUCGCCUUUGAUGCCGUCUUCCCCCAGGACUCUGAGCAGGCGGAAGUCUGCUCGGGGACUGUGGCUGACGUGCUACAGUCGGUGGUCAGUGGUGCUGAUGGCUGCAUUUUUUCCUUCGGCCACGUGAGCCUUGGCAAAUCAUACACCAUGAUCGGGAAGGACAACUCCCCCCAGAGCCUGGGCAUCAUGCCCUGCGCCAUCUCCUGGCUCUUCCGGCUCAUUGACCAGCGCAAGGAGCGGAUGGGCACUCGCUUCUCUGUCCGGGUGUCGGCCGUGGAGGUGUGCGGCCGUGACCAGAGUUUGCGGGACCUGCUGGCCGAGGUGGCCUCUGGUAGCCUCCAGGAUGCCCAGUCUCCAGGCGUGUACCUGCGGGAGGACCCCGUGUCUGGGGCUCAGCUGCAGAACCAGAGUGAGCUGCGGGCGCCCACGGCCGAGAAGGCGGCCUUCUACCUGGAUGCGGCACUGGCUGCCCGCAGCACCAGCCGGGGUGGCUGUGGGGAGGAUGCCUGGCACAGCUCCCACAUGCUGUUCACGCUGCACGUCUACCAGUACCGCAUGGACAAGUGUGGCCGUGGGGGAAUGUCUGGAGGCCGCAGCCGCCUCCACCUCAUUGACCUGGGCAGCUGCGAGGCAGCAUCUGGAAGAGGUGGGGAGACGACCGGGGGACCCCUGUGCCUAUCCCUGUCAGCUCUGGGCAGUGUCAUUUUGGCCCUGGUCAAUGGAGCCAAGCAUGUGCCCUACCGGGACCACAGGCUCACCAUGCUGCUGCGGGAGUCCCUGGCCACCACCAGCUGCCGCACCACCAUGAUUGCUCAUGUCUCGGACGCACCAGCUCACCACGCUGAGACGCUCAGUACAGUGCAGCUGGCCGCUCGCAUCCACCGCCUGCACAGGAAGAAGGCCAAGUAUGCCUCCAGCUCCUCAGGCGGGGAGAGCUCCUGUGAGGAGAGCCGGGCCCGCCGGCCACCACCCCUGAGACCCUUCCACCCUCGCACCAUGGCCCUGGACCCCGAGCGCUCAGCCCCUGGCCUUCCCGGCGACCCUGAUUACUCGUCUAGCAGUGAGCAGUCCUGUGACACGGUCAUCUACGUGGGGCCUGGUGGGGUGGCGCUGUCUGACCGGGAGCUCACGGACGACGAGGGCCCCCCUGACUUUGUGCCCAUCAUCCCGGCCCUGAGCCGCUGCCGGCCGGCCACCGGCCCUCGGGAUGCCGACCACUUCCGCUGCAGCACCUUCGCCGAGCUGCAGGAGCGGCUGGAAUGCAUCGACGGCCACGAGGGCCCCUCGGGAGCCCCCGGUGGCCGAAACUCGGCCCAGGCCAGCCCUGCUCGAGCAGGCAGGAGGUCCUCACCUCCUGAGGCCGCCUCCCCCAGGAAGGCCGUGGGAUCCCCGAUGGCCACCAGCACCCCUCGAGGCAGCCCUGGCCCAGACCAUCCUUCCAAGGCCAACACCCGGGGUGACCAGAGAGAGGAUGGCAGUGCCCAGCCUGAGCUGCCCAUCCUGGACAAGGCCCCAGGGGGCGGAGGCAGGAGGCCGCUGCCCAGCCCGGCCCCCCCUCCCCCUCAGCCACCAGAAACCCACGGAGUCCUGGAGGAGCCUGGGGGAGGGGCCGCUGAUGGUGUUGUGCGGACACCCCCUGUGGGCAUGAGUGGGCAGGCAGGCCAGCCCCCACUGCUGCCGGAUGCCGCUGGCCCCUGCCCGUCCGCCCAGGGCCGCCGUCUGGAGCGAGGCCUGCUGACCACUACGGUGACCCUGCAGCAGCCCGUGGAGCUGAAUGGCGAGGAUGAGCUGGUGUUCACGGUGGUGGAGGAGCUGUCCCUGGGUGGGCUGGCCGGUGCUGCGCGGCCCUCCAGCCUGGCCAGCCUCGGUAGUGACUGCUCCCUGCAGGCCCUGGCCUCAGGUUCCCGGCCAGUCAGCAUCAUCAGCAGCCUCAAUGACGAAUUCGACGCCUACACCUCGCAGGCCCCCGAAGUCCCGGCUGGUGUGGGAGGGCCCCAGGGUGGCACAGCAUGGUCUGGCGGGAGCUACAGCUCCUCUAUCAGCUCCUGGCUCAGUGAGGUCAGCGUCUGCACCGCUGACAGUCGCGGCUCCACGCUGCAGUCCUCCUUCAGCCCUGACUCGCCCCUGGGUGCCCCUGGCCUGGACAGCUCCCUGCAGGACAGCAGCCACAGGUUCCUAGAGCACGACAGACCCGAUGGGCCCAGCCCGGCCCGGAGUCUUUGCCCCGGCGAGGUGGCUGCAGCAUCCCCGACUCGACUGGGCCAAGAGUCCCGGACUGGGUCUCCACGUGGGGGGCCUGUGGCACAGACCCUCCAUUCCAGCCUACCCCGGAAGUCGAGGACUAACGCCACAGCUGGUCGUGCAGGCUGCACACACCUAGGCCAGAGCCCGCCUGGCCCUGGAAGCCUGUUUGAAGACCCAUGGCUGCUCCGGGCAGGGGAAUGUGACACGCUCCAGGUGGCCUCUGCUCCCAGCCCCACCCCAGGCUCCCCCCGGCUGCCUGAGGCCCCAGCAAUGCCAGCUUGUGCUCAGAGGGUGGUGGACGGGUGUGAGGUGGCAGCCAGGGCAGCUCGAAGGCCUGAGGCCAUGGCUUGGAUCCCGCCACUGCGGAGGGGUGCCACCACACUGGGCGUGACCACACCCACCGUGUCCUGGGGGGACUCUCCAGCAGAGGCCACCUGCUCAGGCAGCCCGAAGGCCUCCCCCACCAGCAAGAAGAGUGUAGCUUCCAAAGGGCCCUUCUUCCCGAGGCCCAACGGGGCGGCCCCCCCAGCUCCGCCUGUGCGCAAAUCCAGCCUGGAACACAAGAAUGGCCCAGCCCUGGCACCUACCCAGGCCAUGGGCCUGACAUGGGUUGGGGCCCCUGCCACCUUUCGGGGAGAGGAGGAUGCCAUGUCUGGCAGCCGCACUGACCACUCUACCCCCAGGGCCACAUCCAGCCUGAAGGCCCGGCCUGGCAAGGUGGAGGUGGCACACCGUCCUGCUGGCCACACAUCCUUGGAGCGGUAUGAGGGCCUGGCGCAUGGUGGUGGCAAGGCUAGGGAAUCCCCUGGCCGGCUGCCCCGGGCUGUGCCCAAGUUGGGUGUGCCGCCUGCCAGUCCUGCGCCUGGGCUGACUCCGACCUGUAGGAGCAGCCUGGCCAAGGGCCUGGGAGCCCCCAAGCCGCCGGUGGGUGGGGGCAAGGGCCGUAGCCUGGCGACCAGUGGGUCACGAGCUCUGGGUGCUUCAGUAAAGCCGCUGGCCUCUGUGGUGGGCAAGAGUCCUGGCAGCCCCGUGACGGGUCCCAGGGCAGCCCCACGAGCUGGGCCUGGCAUUGGGGCCAAGGCCGGCCGGGGCACCAUCAUGGGCACCAAGCAGGCGCUGCGGGCUGCCCACAGCCGUGUCAAUGAGCUGGCAGCCAGUGGGGUCCCUGGCCGAGGCAGCCCCUCGUGGGGCUCAGCCGACUCAGACAGUGGCAAUGACAGUGGCGUGAACCUGGGGGAAGAGCAGCCGCCCGUGGGUCCGGCCCUGCCCUCCCCCUACAGCAAGGUGACGGCGCCACGGAGGCCCCAGCGCUACAGCAGCGGCCACGGCAGCGACAACAGCAGUGUGCUCAGCGGGGAGCUCCCGCCCGCCAUGGGCCGCACUGCCCUCUUCUACCACAGCGGUGGCAGCAGCGGCUACGAGAGCAUGAUGCGUGACAGCGAGGCCACCGGCAGUGCCUCCUCCGCCCCCGACUCCAUGAGUGAGAGCGGGGCUGCUUCCCCAGGCGCCCGCUCCCGCAGCCUCAGGUCCCCCAAGAAGAGGGCCACAGGUCUGCAGCGGCGACGGCUCAUCCCAGCCCCGCUGCCAGAUGCCGCUGCCCUGGGCCGCAAGCCUGGCCUCCCUGGCCAGUGGGUGGACCUGCCCCCACCUCUGGCUGGCUCUCUGAAGGAGCCCUUCGAGAUCAAGGUGUACGAGAUUGACGAUGUGGAGCGUCUGCAGCGGCCGCGCCCAGCCCUGCGGGAGAACCCUUCUGAGGGCUUGGUGUGUGCGGGCGCAAAGCUGCGGCUGGUGGAACGCAGGCAGCAGCGACUUCGGGAGGUGCGGGCCAGGCACGAACACCUGUGUGAGGAACUGGCGGAGACCCAGGGCCGCCUGAUGGUGGAGCCAGGCCGCUGGUUGGAGCAGUUUGAGGUGGACCCAGAGCUGGAACCUGAGUCGGCCGAGUACCUGGCAGCCCUGGAACGGGUGACAGCCGCCCUGGAGCAGUGCGUGAACUUGUGCAAGGCCCACGUCAUGAUGGUCACCUGCUUCGACAUCAGUGUUGCCACCACAGCUGCCGUCCCAGGGCCGCAGGAGGUGGACGUCUGA